AUGAGCAGACUACCUUCACCGCCAUCGGAGGAGGAGAAUACCAAACCACAUGCGCAUUCUCGCGCCGCCAAUGAUGCUGUACCGCUCACCUCUCACAUUCGCACAAGACCAAUCCACCCCCAAUUACCAGAGAUCCGUGUUCCUGGAGAUGAAAGGAGGGAAGGUGCAGACGCAUUACCAUUGCCAUCCACGCAUUACCACCCUGUGACAUGUGAACCUCUCAAUAUACAAGACAUCCAACCGCAACUCCAAAAUUUACGCAAAGAAUACCCGUCGAUGACAGCGGUUGCCAAGGCACAAGAAGACACCGUCAAGGAAAUAAAGCAAAAGAUGGAGGAAAAGGAACGGAAAAGGGACGAGAUUCAAAAAGCGCUAGAUAAAAAGGCAAAGGAGUGGGAAGUGGAGUACAAAAUUCUUUCGAAAUAUCAGGCCAGCAAAACAUCACCAUCGUCAGAUUUGGCGUCAUGA